AUUGGAACUUGUCAAUACCCGAGAAACUUUAAGAGUUACAGAAGCAUGGAAUAUAGGUAAUGAAUCAAAUUCGGAAGAAGAUUCAGACGAAAAUUCUCAGGAUAGUAAUACUUCUGAUUUAAAUAUGACCAUAAUACCAGAAUUAGCUGAUGCCAUAGAGGGCUAUUUAGAUAAUACUAGAAUAAACAGAACCAUUUUAGUCAACCAAAUAAAAAGAGCUACAGGGCAGAUUCGUCACUUACGGAGAAUUGCCAGACUUGUCAAAAUGACUCCUGAACAAACUCGUGAGCAAUGGUUAAGAGGAUUAUCACCAAUGAAUCAAAAUAAUAUUCGUCAAGGUGGUAUAUUUUUCCUGUCAAUGGAUGAACAACUUAAAAAUUUAUCGGAACUUGAAGCAUAUACAUUUAGUCAAGGCAAUACAUCCCAUCAAAUAAUACAACAGCCAUUUCAACAAAAUCCAACAUUUGAUCAAUUUAAAUCCGAACUAGAAAAAGAAAGAUCUAUUUUUAAAGCUGAACUAUCGAAACGAGAUGCUAAACAUAAAGCUGAUAUGGAAAAAUUAGAAUCUAUCUUACAACAACAAAAAGUGCAAGCACCAGUUCCGCAAACCGUUGAACCGCAAAAAGAUAAUGCUAGAUUAGAGGAGAAAGUAGAUGAAAUUGGGAAUAUAUUAUCUCGCCUUAAUAUAGACAAACAACCCCAAAAACCAGUAGCCAAAUCAAAUCGAACACAACGAUAUUAUCCCUUUCAACCAAUAAAUUCUAGCGUUUCAGCUAAUGAGGAAGGUAAUGAGGGUGGAUAUGAUGAAGAAAAAGGUGAGUCUCAAGGUGAUAUAAUCCCCAGAAUCUAUGAUCAGUUAUUACUCUCAUUAUCACCAGCAAUGCAAAGAAUAUGCAAAUUUUCGUUUACUACUAAGAAAUCAGAAAUGAAUUGUCCUAUGGAUAGUGAGAAAACAAACGAAUGGUUUGAAUCUCUCCAAUAUUUAGUUUGCUAUGUAUGUGAUUUGACGAUUUACAAUACUUAUCUUAACCUAGGGAGUGAAUUCAAUGUAGUAAAUAAUGCAUUUGGAGAAGCAUUAGGAUGGAAACCUGAUCUACCAUUCGACUUUCAAUAUAAAGGUAAUUCAGAACACGUUGACAAAUCAUUGGGAUGGUAUACGGAUGUACUAAUUUCCUUAAAAGAUAAAGAAGGAAAAACUAUUACUGUUACAGGAAAUUUUGCACGUAUUGAUGAUGUGGAACCAGAACCUAUGAUUUGUUUAGAUAUUGAAAUAUCACUUUCUGAAUUAGCUAAAGAUGUAUUUCAAUCAUUUGGUGAUGGUUUGUUAGCAUCAAAUCGCAUGAUUUAG